UCAGAGAGAUCGAAGCGCUCCCGGGAGACGUGACGUCUUGUCAGUCGGCCUUUUCCCAUUCCCCCUUCUCGCCGGAGCUCCCGCAGGGAUGGCUCGUGUAGAGUUGUCGUUCAUGAUAACGUAACAGAGACCGUACGACCGACCGAUCGUUACGUUGUAAAACCGUGUACGCGUCCGUGCCACCGAUUCACGUGGAAAUUAAAAGGCUCCACCGAAAAACCGGGAGUCGCGGAAUGUAUCGUUCGGGCCAAUGGGCGGAGGUUUAGGGCGGCACAUGGCUGUUGGGGCGCCGGUUGUGCAGGGGGUGGUUUUCCCAAUGGCUAGCUCGCGCUGAACGUAAAAAGUUCACCGUUAUCGCCGCGCCGGUCAUCCCAUUCUCCGGGCACGCAAUCAUUUCGAUCGGCGAUCCCGUAUAAUUGCGACCGGUCACGGUUCGAGUAACAAGUUCACAGUGACAGUGGAAAGAGAAGUACUCCGUUAUAUAUGUCUCGAUUUCCUCGCUCGAAGAGAGGAAGCUUUGCAUUCGGCCUUUCGCGGAUGUCUCGUGGUCUCUCGUGUGUUAGCGAUUUGUAUUUUGUGCACGUAAAGAUCGGACGAAGGGACGACGGUGAUCACGAACAAUCUCUGGGGAGAUAUCUUCGAUCUUUGCGCUACGAAGACAGGGCCAGCCAGUAACGUCACAAGAGAGCGGUAAGUGAUCUUCCUAGGAAAGCCAGAAGAGUUGCCCCGCGUCUGGCGAAAAGAUGCCGCUUCCAAAGCGACUGGUGGAGCCAGUGCUGGUCGCACGCGGCACCAUCCCCGAGGACUUCCCGUUGCCGUCAGAGUUAGAGGCUGUGACCAAUGGAACCUUGGCCAACACCAUCAGGCAGCUGUCCAGUCUGUCGAGGCACGCCGAGGAUUUGUUCGGCGAGCUUGCGAGGGAGGCUCAUGGAUUGAGCGACAGGGCGAACUCCUUGCAAGCCAGGAUAGAUCGGUUAGCCGUGAAAGUUACUCAACUCGACAGCAACGUGGAGGAAGUUUCGUUACAAGAUAUACAUAUGAGGAAAGCGUUCAAGAGUUCAGUGGUGUUCGACCAGCAAGUUGUCUCCAGGGACACCAUGCCAACUGCGAUGAUGGAGACCUACCAUCAAUGCGACACACCGCCUCCUCUUGAUAAACUUAAUGUUUACAGGGAGGACGGUAAAGACGGGCUGAAGUUUUACACGGAUCCCAAUUACUUCUUCGAGCUGUGGAGUCAAGAAAUGCUCAAGGACACAGAAAAGAAAUUACACGAUCGGGGGAAAAAGACCGAGUCUGAAUAUGCCGAACCGUUCAGAGAGCCGCAUAGGCCUCGGAACGAGGGUGGUGGUGGAGGUGGCGGCAGACACAAGAAGCGUAUAAGGCAACCGCAUAAUACAAGAGAAAGGCAGAGACAGUUAGCCGUCGGUCAUGGCGAGUACAUUAUGCCAACGCAAGGUGUUCAAUACAGGGCACCUCACGGUAUACCUGACGAAUCGUUGCUGGGUAUGGUGAUGACUGAACCACGGCCACCCAGGCCGAACAGCAUCGAACUUAGACGAAGUUAUCCGCCCGAGGAGCAACACUUGUACAGUCCACCUUCUUCUGAUCAUUAUAGAGCAGGCAAUUACGUGGCCCAGGGUUAUGAAGACAGUUUGUACGGCUCACACUAUGGCACGAGCCAAGGACAAGCGGGUAGCGAGACGUACCAGAGUCCUGGUGGUCAAAGUACCCCAAGCAGAAGUGGUAGGUCACGUCCCUCUCAACCACCACCAGCUCCACCAAGUAAUACAUCUAGCAAUUCAACGCCCACUGUAGCCUCUGCUAACAAUACACCAACGCGGGGAAGGUCAAUGAGUACGAGCAGGGACACGCUUCCACCACCACCUCCGCCGCCUGGUGAAACUAUGUCUCCACCUCCUAUGAAUGGUUCUAUACCAUCACACCUAUUGAAUAGGAAUGGAAGUCGUUCAAACAGUCCGUUACCCAGUCAUCACUCCACUCCCACACCACCAAAUCAUUCGACUCAAAUCGGACAGGAUGAAACCGAUCCCGCUCCGCAAGAUUUACCGCCACCACCCCCAACUCCUGAUCCCACACCGCCCAGACCUAUUUCCCCACCUUGUAACAUUCCACCCCCUCCACCACCACCUCCGCCACCGCCUGUUGCGAAUGGACCCACGCCACCGUUGCCCCUAACCAACGGCGAUAUUGCUAAAAUGAUAGCGACUAAUCCACCGAAGCUGAAACCCCUGAAACCUUUGAAGAAUAUGGACGGGCAAUUGAGGAAGCCCGUUAAUCCAAAUAUCCCCCUUGUCGAUCCACGAAACGAUCUACUUAAAGCAAUUAGAGACGGUAUAAAGUUGCGCAAGGUGGAGAAAAUCGAGCAAAAGGAAGUGGAACGCGUGAAUGCAUUGAACGAUGUCGCGUCCAUAUUAGCACGACGUGUUGCCGUAGAGUUCAGCGACAGCGAUUCAGCGUCUGAGAGCGAGUGCGACAGCGAAGGAUGGGGCGAGCAGGAGACAAAUCUCGCGUGACCAACCUCGCUUCCAUCCACCGCCACUGCCACCUAGAAAAAUGGCCGAUAAAUUUUUCUUUGUUCUUUCUUUCAUUCUAUAUUUCGUUGGAAAACCUCGACUUUUGUUGCAUGUCGCACAAGUCACAAAUAUUUUCUCGUGGAAACCUGCUGAAUAGACAAAUUUGUUCUAAAUAUUUUACGUGCGCGGAGGCGGUGUCGGAUUUGAAGGUAGAAGCGGAAUUAACGAGUUUCGUUGCUCGGUUGUCCGCGUUAAGUUGUUUUUAGUACAGAGAGCGUAUAAAUGCAGGAACCAUUACUCUAAGUAGUACCAUUAAAAGUAUAAAUGUAAUUCACAACAACGAUUAUUUUAUUACACCAUUUCAUCACCUUUAACAUGGUUUAUUUUUUCUUUUGUUACGAACGGAGAAUAUUUAAAAUAAUUUUCUGUGUCAAAUAUGUUGAGGAACGUGUUUUUUUUUUUAUUUUAACCGCAGGCUCAAUUCGAUAGCGUGUAUGUAACUGAAAGGUAUUAUAUGGAAAUAUUUAACAUCUCUCGGACGAUUCUAGGAAUCGUCAGCCAGAAAUCCUUUAUUAUUUAUUGCAGUUAUUAAGAUCUAAUUAAAAAGAAAAAAGAAAAAAAAAGAAGCUAUCGAGGAGUAAUAGUAGACUAUAAUAAGGAGAGAGAGAGAGAGUCUACAAAGCAUGAUAAACAUUUAAGUUCAUGUAAAUUUAGAAUAUUUCCGAAACACGGACACGUACACAUUUUUUCCUAUACCGCGAACACCUCUGGUUUUUGUUUCACUGUUAAAAAUAAAAGCAUAACAAAUUUAUGACAUAGAUGUAACUACAUGUCUUUCCGAUUCUCUGAUUUUUAAGCAGAAUUCAACGAAGGUAAAGAAGAUUAUAGAAUAGUAAAAAACAUGCUGAUAAGAAGAAGGUACGCACAUGAAAGCAGGCGUUGACCUCCUAUCAUUGCUCGAUGUCGGUUGUAACGGAAGUGUUUCUUAUCGGCACAUUCCAUGCUAAUACUAAUACCAUAUAACGAAAUAAACCUUAUCCUCCGGUUUGAGCACUUAGUCAUUCACUUACUGACCAUAUACACGGAGACGAUUCUAUAUUUAUAAAUUUCUUAACUAUUUUCAUUAAUGAAACUCACCUUAUUUCUAUUACUCAAUUAUUUCCUUAUCUCCUUAUUUCUACCUUACUCAAUCGGUUUACACUUGAAAGCUUCAGUUACUAUCAACCAUGAAGAACCGAGGUGUAAAAGCCUCAAAUAUCCUAGAGUUUACUGUCGUCUAACUAUGUGUAUGGUCGGUAGUGUCUUUAGUUAAAAACGAGUGCUCUAUGUAUAUAUACAGUGUACGUGAGAAUGUGUAUCGUACGCGAACUAAGUCAAAUCGCAGAGUUGAUAUUUUUUUUCCUCCUUCUCGUGUUUAAGUCUGUAAAAUACUUGUAUCUUAAAUGUUUUUGUAUGCUUGACGAAUAGGUAGGUACGCGCAUUCUGCCACGGCGAGAGUAACGGCAGAUGUUUUCCGAUCUUUUCUACGUUUCCAAGUGAUCUUCCAUGUCGCAGGUGACUCGCGAUAUCGUAGAGAACAAAGGUUCUUACCAGCGAAGUGUCGAAAACCAAAAUAAUACUCCGUUUACUUGUAAGAUGUAAGGGGAAUGUAAUUACCGAACGAGUGAGAGGACUCAAUAUUUUUUAGCGUUUAGAGGAAGAAAAAACUUAAUAUAGCGGGAUAUACUAUUGUUACGGUGAGGAUUACAGUUGCCAAUUUUAAGCAGAAAGGAUAAUGAUUGUGAUUUAUUUUGCAUCGAUGUUGGAGAGGUAUGAUGAAUAUUGCUAUGAUAUGUCAUGUGUAUGCAUCACCAUUCUAUAUACAGAGUGUUCUGGCAAUGGUGGUACAAUCGGGUAGCGGACGAUUCCUAAUAAAAAAAUAAAUCGAAAGUGAAUAAAGAAAAUUUUCCAAAAAUUGUAUUCUGCACUUUUCAUUUAUUUUUUUCAUGAGAAAUUACCAACUAGUCUGUUGCGUCCUCGUUGCCAGAAUACUUUUUGUAUAAAUACAUACAUACGAUACAUAUGUUUGUAUAUGUUGUAAACAAUGUGUCAUAUAUCUUGAUCAACUUAAUACCAUCAUUGCUUUCAUAUUAUAAUUGCAAUAUUAUUAAUCAUAUCAUGACUUUCCAAGGUUAUUUCUUUUUUUUUAAAUGUUAAGCUCACUAGAUGUUUUGUUUUUCGUAAAAAUGUGUAGUACAGCUCAAUAAAAUUCUCAACUCAAGGAUAAAUAUUAAGGAUAAAAUAGAUAUUGAAAAUUUGAUAUAUCAAUAUUUUGAUGUAAUUUAUAUUCGUGUAGACGAUCCUUUAAUUACAUUACGCACAACAUAAGCUCCUCUAUAACAUGUUGACCACUGGAUUAUUACUGUCAUCAUUAAACAUCUCUAUUAUGUACAUACAUGUACAUGAAUACUUGUGAAGUUAAAGUAUAGUCUGAAUACGUUUGUGUGUAAGAGGUACGGUACGCUAUUCUAUCGAAUCAAACAGUGUCUUCCUUACACAUAUUUCUGCAUACUCAAAUGAAGAUAUUAAGAUAACCAAGAUAUACGAAGCACUUUGUGUAUACAUAUUCAGGGUGUUUGAUAGAUUCUGUACAAACUUCUUAACAUGUUUAAUGCCUACUAUGAUGAUAAAAAGGUUAUACAAGUAUACUUCUUAGAAUGUUUUGUUAGGAAAUUCGUUUUGUUAAAGACACUGAUUAUCAUUUCGUUUGAAGUUCAUAUUUAUGUUGUACAUACUACUUGACACUCUGUAACUUAGUAUGACUCUGAGUAUAAACAUCAUUGUACGUGUCCAUAUUUCAAACACUUUUUUAACAAUUAUUAGCUUCAGUUUGACUCAUCGUAAGUGAUACUUGAAAGAUGAGUAACCGUAAGGUUCUAUUUACUAAAACUUAUCUUUGAAUUAAUAUGCCAGUAUCAAUAUUCCUAAGUAUCCUGUUAUAUAAUUUUUCAAACGUCAUUAUAAUAUGAAAUACAGAAGCACUUACGUUUAUAUGCUUCGUCUCGUUUGUAGUCGUAGAAUCCGUUAAUCAAGUUUGUAUGGAAAUCCGUGGCAUAUCCAGUACAUGUACGUAUUGCUCGUUAAGAUUAUUGUAUAAUCUUAUGUGUUCGAUUCACAAGAAUUGUUCAGGAGGUCUGUUUUUCGCCUCUCUCGUUUUAGAACGUUAACUAGAUGUUCGUGAAACAGGGCGAGCUUAUAUUCGUCCCUUAUGGGCGAAAUUUAGGCGAUCCGCCCUCUCGUUGGUUGGUUGAAUUAGCAUAUUUCUUUUAAAUGCGAAAGAAGUUCGAUUGAUUCGAAUCGCGCGAAUUGUAAUUUAUAUUUAAUAAUAAUUCAUUUUUCGCUGACGUUCGAGGUCGGCGUUGUAUCCUGUAUAAAAUAUGUUACGAAGAUCGAGGCGAAAGAUUGCAGGGCAAAUCGCUCUGUGUAGGAUACGUUUCAUCGGCAACGACGCGUGUACAUUCACAUGGUUUUAAAAUAUAGUCAAAACGCUAUUAUAACGUAACAUGUAAUAAGAAUUCAUUGAUCAGUCUCGUCUGUACUGUGUUUAUACAUAUACAUAUACAUAAAACCAUAUAUGUAUAUAUGAAUGCAAGGCGAGGUAUUUUAAGCAGGCCGCUUGAUUAAUUUGCUGACUUUUAGCGAUAAAAAGGAAUGGUGGACACGAUCCGGUGUUAAUAUAUUUUUUGUUGAAAGAGAUGUAGAGGAAAUGCAAAAGUUCAUAUUUAUGUUGUACUAUUUGACCCUCUGUAACUUAAUAUGACUCCUCCGUAUAUGUGUCUAUAUUUCAAUACAUUCCAAUAUAGACACAUACAUGUUAACUUUGUUGUUUUUUUAUUUACCUUCUAGUGGAGAGUUUUAAGCAAGGUACAAUAACCUACAGUUAACACCAUUACAUAAUAUGUCUAAUUAUGUGUAACUCGAUAAAAGUAAUUCCUGUGUUCAUUGAGGAUUUACACACAGUAUUUUUUUAUAGAGACGUCUAAUGGGUCCCACAGAGUCAGCCAUUUGUUAUUUAGAGUGGAUAUUCAUGAAUUCGUGAAGAUAUAAAUAAUUAAGAAUUUUCUUUUUUCAAAUGUAUAAUGAAAUUCAUACAACGUGCUCAAAUGUUGAUUACAUUAUACGAUCUAGCCAUUACAAGCCAUCUCGAAACCAAGCAAGUUUGCAUUCUUUUCCAUCACAGAAAGUAGGCGAAUUGAACAGGUGGCUAAUUCUGUAUGCCUCACCCUGUAUAAUACAAUUCGCAGUAUGAAUUCGUUAGAUUGUAAGGAUUACGAGCGGUAGGAAUACUUUCUAGCCACUUCGCCAACUACGACACAGUAUUUAUCGAUGAUUUUUGUAACGCGACGAAACUGGGGAAGCGUUUCAGAUCGCAAAAGCUUGAAUAUCGUGCAAGUUUGUAUGAAUGUAUUAUAUCAUCGUCGACCGUGCUUACCGCGAGAUAUCGCGUGCUAAAUUAUUGCGAAGCUAUUGUACCUAAAUAAAACGGAUAUUCCAAAGCUUAAUUACCGUGAAGCGUUCUUUUCGUCCUCCUUCAACAUUGGCGAGGUCGCGAUGAUCGUUUCGUGCGUUUCCUGUUUCUAUUACGAACCACGUUACUCGCUCAGCUCAGACGUUGAAUUUCCGCAGGUGCAAAAAAAAAAGAAAAAAUGAUAAAUGUAAGGAUGUCGGCAACGACGGGCGACGAAAAUUUGUUCAAUAACGAUAAUAAAAGAAAUGUCAGCGCAUGUCGGACAAAGACGCAAAUGUAAUAGCUCUACCGAUGAUUACAAAUGUACGACGGUAUUAUUAAUAAUAAUAAAUUUGUAGCAAAUCUGUACAGAGCCAAAUAAAUCAAAAACUUUCAUAAACCAUCGAAGGAUACCCGAUUGAGCUGUUUAUUAUUUCCUACUAUGUAAGUUUCAAAUACUGGCUUGAAUUUUAUAUUUUGGUAUCAAGAGAACAUGAUAUGCGAAGAGGUGGCAGGUUUGCGCCUGGGAGCAGGCAACCGGCCCGACGUAUCCGUAAGACUAGGUUACCUAAUACAAGGGGCACAUUUUCGGUACAUAUCGGAAUUCUCGCCCGAUUUCACAUUUUGGUAUCAGGAGUACAGGAUAUGCGAACAGGUGGCACAUUCUGUAUCUGAUUUUAUAAAUUUGCUCAACUAGUUCUUGUCUUGAAGCUUUGGUAUAUUCUUAUUAUUGAACUUUUACUUUGAAAAUUUUCUUUUUAAUCAUAUCUCUCCCAGUCUAAACGUAUAGAGUUGUAGACUCGUCGUUGAAAGUCGAGACGAAUGUUUUCGUUGCGCCCUGUUCAAAUUGCUAAAAACAUUCGUGCAAUAUAAAAUGGUAGACAGAUAUAAUAAAAUCAACAUUUUAUUUUGAAAAAUUGAGACAUACACAGAUGCGAAAACAAUGGUAGCACAUUGGUAGCACCGAUACAUAGACGUUGAAACGAAUUAACGUUAGGUUUUAGAGUGACUACGCGCGGGCUAAUAAUAAUCACGCUCCUUCAAUCGAGCGGUCGAUUAGCAACGACAGGAAUCGAUUUAUCAUCGAUCCCGGUAAAAAGAAAUUCUUCGCGAAUUUUUCCUCCGCGUUGCAAGAUACUUGGCCGUAACAGCAAUUUUAUUAUUAUUAUUUUUUGUAUCAUUCUUUUUGAUGAAUGAAAAGCACUUUUUCUCGCACUCGUUAUGUCUUUUUCGUAAAAGGCAAGAAACCGAAUGAACAAGAGCGCGUUUCUCUGCUCCAGUCAAUCGUUACGACAAUAUACAUAUAUAUAUAUUAUAUCUAAAUUGGAAAGGGUAUAUAGAAAUACGCGUAUCGAUCCGCGAUUCAAACUUUUUUCCUUCGUGUUUCUUGAAAAAAAGACAAGAAUCGUUUAACACGUCAAACGCCAAGCUUAUUUUACUUGAUAUUCUGUUUACGCUAUACUCUACCGUCAAAUAACAAGGGAUAUAAAAUGCCUUGUACAAAACACAGACAAAGUUGGUUGAAACUCUCACACAAGACAUUGGUGUAAAGUAGGAAAAAAAUGAGACGGCGCGCAUAACAUUAGGAAAUUCUGCGCUGAAUGUUAUGAUAUAUGGUCCUUGAAGAGAGAAUAAUAUAACCAAAAAUGUUAUAAGCUUUUACAAGGACCGGCACGGCGGUGUAGCAUAAACAGAAUGUUUCGAUCCGUAGAAACCGAGUUGGACUAAAUGGAAAGCGUAACGCGACGUUUGACGUGUUAACUAUAUUAAUUACGUGAUCGCAUCCUAUCCUGCCGCUUAAAUAAAAUUUUCACCUCAUUAUACUCCGCUUUUAUUAAUAAUAAUGUCUUUUUUCAGACAAACGAUAAUUUGCCUUCUUCAUUUUAAUGAUACGCCAUAUUAAAUGACUUUAGAAAUAUAUCAGACGCGCAAUUGAAAUCUUACUCUCGACACGUCUCUGAUACAGACAGGUAAAAGGAACUAUCGAGAACAUGACGGACUAACUUUCGUGGCCUCUGUGUAGCACUGAUAUAGUCUAUCGGUAUAGUAAAUCAAUGUAGCUUACAAUUAGUCGAAGGAUCAAAGAACAGUAAUGCAACGAAGAACUGUCACAACAGACCAAUGAACUGGGAUUAUU